AACCCAUAAUUAAGAACCACGAGGAUUUUUCUUGUGUAUGCUUUUAAGGUUAUGCCGCUUAAUUUUGACGCAUAUAUACCUUUCUAUAAUUAAUGACAAGAAAUGGAUGAAACAUUGAGUACACCUCCUACAAUUAAAUUAAAUUUAUCAGGACAAAUCUAUUGUGUAGAGUUUUCUCCUUAUGAAUGGUCCCAACAACUGAUUUGUAUUGGUUUGAAAGAAGAAGUCAUAAUUGGUACAAUCAAAUUUCAGGAUGAAGAUGAUACUGUGGAAGAUAUAGCUUAUAAUUUAAUAAGAACAUUUCAUCAUGACACUAGACCAAAUGCUAUUGCAUGGAGUCCAGAAACAACCUUAAGUGUUGUUCCUAAAAUUCUUACAUUUUGUGUUGCUGGUACAGAUUUUAGAAUACGAAUGUAUAAUAGUAAUUUAAAUGAUGUUAAUAUAUAUGAGAUUUUAGAAGGUCAUAUAGAUUAUAUAAAUUCAAUUUCUUAUGAACCUGAGGGUGAAUUAUUAGCAUCAACAUCUGAUGAUCAUACUUGCAAGCUUUGGGCUGUUAAAGAAGAUCAAAAAUGUAUUUCAACAUUUCAUUUAACAUCACCUGGUAUGAGUGUAUGCUGGCAUAGUGAAGAAUCUGGAAAGUUGUUAGUUGCAGAAAAAAAUGGAUUGAUCCAUAUGUACAAUGUCAGAAAUCAACAAGCAAUUAUUUCACUUGAUGCAGGAGUACUUCCUUUAUCCUCUGCGGAUUGGGGUUCUAAUCCAUUAAAAGUUGUAUCUUUAGCAGCUGGAGAAUUACUCUUAUGGGAUGUAUCUAGACCAAGUCGACCAUUAGAAUCUGGGACACUUUAUAUAGAAGGUGGUUUGUUAAUAAAAUUCUCUCCUACUUAUGAACACAUUGUAGCAAGUAUUGGCAGACCUGAUAAUUUAUUAAAAGUUAGUAACUUCAAGUUAAAACAAGUUAUAUUACAUGGGAAAGUUAAAAUUGUAGGAGGUUUGUCUUGGCAUUAUAAAUAUCCAUAUAUUUGUGCAGGUAGUGAUAGAGAACUUCAUUUUUGGAAAAUAAAAAUUAACUAAAUUUCAAUUAAA